AUGCGGCAUGAUCACAAGGAGAGUGAUGUUAAGAAUAGUGGAAGAGAUGCGCCUGAAGCGCUUGGUAAAAUAAGUAGACUUGUGGCAGACAACACUGAUUUGGGGCUUCCUCUUGGUGCUAAUGGCGGAGGAGUAGACAUUGUUGUGUCACCACUUGAGACAAGGCAAAUCUGUGACGAUGAGCUUAAUGUCUUCAUGUACUUCCGUCUCUUGUCACGACCUCGCUUCAUCCUAUCACAGCUUGUUCUCUUCAUCUUAGAACCUGAAGGAACAAAACUAGUAUCACCACCACCAAUUACGUUUCUUGAUCUCAAUGUUUCAGCUGACUCAACAACCAGAUUCUCCUCCAAAGAACUCUAA